AGGUUGCAGGAAUUUGAUAAAAAGUUCAAAAUUCUUAGUGAAAAUAUAACGGCUAUCGAACAGUAUUUUACAAGGACGGAGGGGAAAACCAUAGAAAAAGGUUCAAAACUAACAAGGGAUUGUAGAGACCACUAUCUACUUGGACACAGACAGUCUGGAGUAUAUAACAUAUUUCCUUUUGGUAACGAGACCAGUGUCAGCGUGUAUUGUGACAUGGUGACUGAAGGAGGAGGGUGGACAGCUAUCCAGAAACGUGUGAGUGGUGUGGUGGCAUUCGACAGAACCUGGACUGACUACAAGACAGGGUUUGGCAAUCCAAAUGACUCCUACUGGAUAGGAAAUGACGUUAUACAUCAACUUACUAAGAGAAGUAACACCUCCCUCUACGUAUCCAUCACACUGACUAAUGGGACAAGGCUCUAUGAGUUAUACGACCAGUUCUCUGUUGCUGACGAAACCAAUAACUACCGACUUUUUCUUGGCGGACCAGCUACCGGGACCCUGGGCGACUCUAUGUUACACACUGGUGAUUUAUAUCUGUCUGGGAUGUCCUUCAGUACCCCAGACAGGGAUAACGACGGAGUUAGUGGUGGUAACUGUGCUGCUUACAGUAGAGGAGGCUGGUGGUUUAACUGGUGUCACCACGCCUUCCUUAACGGUCCCUGGUCCCCGGGGUCCUGGUUCAGACCAUGGUAUCCUACAGUGUAUGAUAAUAAACAGAUAAAAGAGACCCUCAUGAUGAUCAAACCUCACUGACUUUUUAUAUCUUUUAUCCAUAGUUGUUUUUUAUAGUUGUUCACAUAUCUUAGUUAAAGUUAAAAACUUUUAUUAUAAAUGAUUAUGACUUUAUUCUUGAGAUAAUGAUGGCAUGGAUGAUAUAUUACAAAGUAAAACUUUUAUAGAUGUAAUAUGAUGUGUAAUGAAUUUAAUAAAAAAUCUUAAUAUUUAUAAUGUUCUAAAAAUAGUGUUAUACAUGUAUUAUAUAUAAUGUAUUAUGUAAAAUGUAACCUUACUUCCUAGAAAUACGAA